UUUGAAUAUAAUCGGAACUCCUAAUGAAAUUGAAAAUACUGCAAAAUAUCUCAUGAAAGAAUUUGAAAUGAAAGACCUUGGGAGAACAAAAUUUUGUCUCGGCAUUCAAAUUGAACAUUUGAGAAAUGGUAUUUUCAUCCACCAAUCAAAUUAUACCGAGAAACUUUUGAAGCGAUUUUACAUGGAUAAAGCACAUCCACUCAAUUCUCCAAUGGUGGUUCGAUCUCUCAAUGUGCAUGAUGAUCCUUUCCGACCUUGUGAAGAUGAUGAAGAAAUCCUUGGUCCCGAAAUACCAUAUUUGAGUGCUAUUGGAGCAUUAAUGUAUUUGGCUAAUAAUACUCGACCAGAUAUUGCUUUUUCUGUAAAUUUAUUAGCCAGGUACAGUUCUUCCCCAACAAGAAGGCAUUGGAAUGGUGUCAAACAUAUAUUCCGAUAUCUCAAUGGUACAAUCGAUCUUGGAUUGUAUUUCAAGAAUGGUGCAAAUGCCACUUUAAUUGGCUACGCGGAUGCAGGAUACUUGUCUGAUCCACAAAAGGCAAAAUCACAAACAGGAUAUUUAUUCACCUAUGGUGAUACCGCUAUAUCAUGGAGAUCAAUGAAGCAAACAUUAACUGCAACAUCAUCAAAUCAUGCAGAAUUAAUUGCUCUUUAUGAAGCAGGUCGUGAGUGUGUCUGGUUGAGAUCAAUGAUCCAGCACAUACAAAAUGAAUGCGGUAUAAAAUCUUUUACUUCUAAUCCUACUGUGAUUUAUGAAGAUAAUACAGCAUGUAUAGCUCAGAUCAAAGGAGGUUACAUCAAAGGGGACAGAACAAAGCAUAUAGCACCAAAACUUUUCUCCACACAUGAUCUUGAGAAAGACGGAACGGUUGAUGUCAAACAAAUCAAGUCAUGCGACAACCCUGCUGAUUUGUUCACAAAGUCAUUGGCACCGAAGAAAUUUGAAGAACUGGUCCAUAAAAUUGGAAUGUAUCGUCUUCGAGAUAUAUGUUAAAUUGAGGGGGAGUAAUAUAAUGCACUGCACUCUUUUUCCCUUCGUCAAGUUUUUAUCCCACUGGGUUUUUCUUGACAAAGGUUUUUAACGAGACAGUACAUUAUAAUACUAUGAAUCUAAUACCCCAGAAUAAUUAGAAGAUGACCAUUCAAGGGGGAGUGUUGAAAUAUAAUUGAAUUAGUCAUCUUCCAACUAUUCCUGAUUAGGAAUUAUUAUCACCAUUACAUAAAUAAUCAGGAAAUCAUAAUUAUGAUUCUAGAUGAUAAUUGUGUGGUUCACAAUUAUCCUCUAAUCCUAUGAAGCUUAACUUUUCUCCUAUAAAUAGGAGGCUUCUCCAUUGUAAUUAACACACCAUGGUUACACCAUUAUCACACUCUCAAUAAUAUAAUCUAUCACUAAGUGUUCAUACUAUAUUUCUCUCCCUGAUCUUC